AUGGCCACCAAUUCCACAGAUAGAAGAGAGUUACCGAUGCGAAAGAUGUAUCAAGACAGAGGAAAUAGUCCGGAACGAACCAAGAUGUUGAUCCUACCAAAACCAAAAGCUGAGCAGAAAGUAGCUGUUGUUUACUACCUCACACGGAAUGGCCAGUUUGAGCACCCCCAUUUCAUGGAAGUACCUCUCUCUUCUCCCCAAGGACUUCAACUCAAAGAUGUGACAGAUUGGCUAAACCAUCUCCGAGGUCAAGGCAUGGCUAGCAUGUAUUCCUGGUCCUCUAAAAGGAGGUACAAAAAUGGAUUUGUGUGGCAGGACUUGUCCGAAACUGACUAUAUACAACCCUGUCAUGGCCAUGAAUACAUCCUCAAAGGAUCAUUACUGUUAGAAACUUCUCUAAGCUUUCGGUCAUACGACACAACAUCUUCCAGAACCUCCAAAGUUUUCUCGGACAUAAUUAGCAGCUCAAGCGAGGACUCAAAUUCUCCAGUUAUAAGAAGGAAAAAUCGUUCAUGGACUACAUUUGAUGACCUUGAUGAAUACAAAGUUUACAAGGCCAAAAUCACUGGAGAAAUUGGCAGCAAAGGUGCUUCUAAUGUGUCAACACAGACAGACGAUAAGAGAAGGGUGAAAAUUGAUGGCACUAAAGAAAAGGGGCACAAAGGACUUGGCACAGUAGAGAUAAGUAAGGAGGAGGCUUCUAAUCUAUCUUUAAAGUCUAGUUCUAAAGCCCUUGAGAGCUUCGAAAGGUCUAUGGAGGAAAAUGGUUCGUGGAGGACUACUAAAUAUGAGACAGUAGAAAAUGAUUGUCCAAGUGGAAGAAUGAAGCCCUCCAUGGUUCUGAUGAAAUUGAUAGGAUGUGGAUCAAAGAGGUUCUCAAAUAAGGACUAA